AUGCGUCUCAUCCUCGGGCUUCUGUUAUUGACAACUGCCUGUCUGGGCGAUCUGCAUUGGGACUAUAUGAUAUUCGCGCAACAAUGGACCGGAACAUUUUGCAAUUUUAACCCCUGCAUUUCCAAGCCGGUGGACCAAGAUUUUACCAUCCACGGUUUGUGGCCCACUCAGUCGCCAGAAAAAGAACCUACAAAGUGCCCGGCUGCACCGGCUUUCAAUGAACGUCUCCUGAGUCCCAUCAUGGAUAAUCUUCGCCGAUACUGGCCGGAUCUGUUGUCCAAGGCGGGUCCCGUCCCAUUUUGGAUAUUGGCGAACGCUGGCAUUAAACCAAAUAAUGCAGUCCUGUUGAAACGUGAUGAUGUCAUUCAGGCAGUGAACAAUGUUUUAAAUGUGCGUUCUAGAUUAAGCUGUCUUCAGGAAAAGAAUAAACCGGCUCAGUUGUUGGAAGUACGAGUCUGUGUGGAUCCGAAAUUGGAACUGAUCAAUUGCAACGCAAAUGAUGUCGAGGAUCAACUGGGUGAUUUCUCCCAUGGAUCUGCGAACGCCAUCUCAUGUCCGUCGGAGUUCACGUUUCCCGUUAUGAAUUAA